ACACUAGUCCUAGUUUGAUCAUGGACCCCCGUACCAGUGCCCAGGACGUGAUGCGAUGUGACCUGUGUGAGACCGCUGUGGUACAGAUGCACUGUGAUACAUGUCUUGUCAACCUGUGUAAGGCCUGUGUGGGAGAACAUAUUUCUGCUGAUCUCUCAAGACCUCACAAAAUUGUUGAUUUCAAGGACAGAACAUCCACUACGACCUAUCCUGCAUGUACAUCUCAUGAUACGGAACUUUGUGAAAUGUACUGUAAACAAUGUGACAUUCCUGUCUGCAUCAGCUGUCUUGCAUCUAAUCAACAUUUAGGCCAUGAAUUGUCAAAACUUUUACAAAUUCUUGAGGAAAAGAAAAAAUUGAUUAUAAAAGAACAAUUUGAAUUAAAAGACAUUAUUUAUCCAACCUACCUGGAUAUUGUUUCAGACAUACAAAACAGAAUGAGUCAGUUAGAAAAGGAAUUUGGAGAUCUCUCAACAGUCAUAACAAAACAUGGAGAGGACUGGAACAGAGAAAUUGACAAACUUGUCAAGAAACUUAAAGCAGAAGUUGAUGUUAUGAAAAACACACAAUUACAAACUCUACAAAAACAUCUGGAUGAAAUAAACAAAAGCAUUUCUGAAAUCAAGAAUGAAAUCGAUUCAGUUGAUGUUGCUGUGAAUUCCAAUGACAUUUCCAAACUAUUCAGUGUUACAUCUGAUAUGAGCAGAUACAGAAAUAUUCCAGAAAAAAUAUUGACUCAGUUACCUAGAUUUAUUCCUGCAAGAAUCUAUGGAGAAGAACUAAGUAAAAUGUUUGGAGCCUUAUCAUCAAGUUCUCUAACAUCAGAUAAACAUGGCUACAGCAUGAAGACACCACAGAAAUCACCAGAAGCUGGAUCUUCUCCUCCAGUCAAACAGCUACUUGAUGAACCAGAGACUGUCACCACCAUAAACACUGGGUAUAGAGAUAACCUUUACAAUGUUGCCUGUCUGAGUGAUGAAGAAAUCUGGACAAGUGGAAAUAACAGCACCAUGAAACUCUUCAGCAUCAAUCAGGGAUCACUACUCAAGUCAAUCACAACCAAGUCAGGGAACUGGCCAUCUAACAUAGCAGUGACAAAAAGUGGAGAUCUAGUUUAUACUGAUUGUGAUGAUAAAACUGUGAACAUUGUGAAGAAUGAGAAGAUAGGGGAGGUGAUCAGACUACAGAACUGGAAACCUAAAGGUGUCUGUAGUACCUCCUCUGGUGACCUCCUGGUUAUCAUGGACAGUGAUGGUAACAAACAAACAAAAGUUGUCCGUUACUCUGGCUCCACUGAGAAACAAAGCAUUCAGUUUGAUAGUAAAGGUAAACCUCUUUAUUCACCUAGUCCUUAUUAUCUAAGAUACAUUACUGAGAACAGGAACCUGGAUAUCUGUGUGUCUGAUGAUAGAGCUAGUGCAGUAGUGGUGGUCAAUCAGGCCGGGAAACUGAGAUUCAGGUACACUGGACAUACUACUGCUCCAAAGAAUGAAUUAUUUGAUCCACGAGGAAUCACCACAGACAGUCAGAGUCAUAUCCUUACUGUUGAUUAUUACAAUGCCUGUAUCCACAUCAUAGACCAGGAUGGACAGUUCCUCCGUUACAUAGACUGUGGACCGGGUGUACCCUGGGGACUGUGUACAGGUACAAAAGACAAUCUAUUUGUUGUUCAAUGUGUAAAUAAACAGGUGAAGAAAAUCAAAUAUCUGAAGUGAAGCCAUAAUUAAAAAAAUCACAGUAAAAUACAACAAUAAGUAAUACCAUAUAUAUGCACUGUACACACUUAAUGGAAAUGAUAAGAAUAAAAAAAAAACUCUUA